GGGUCGGGUCGGGUCGGGUCGGGUCGUUCCCGCCUCUGGGCCAUGAAGCUGACGCGGAAGAUGGUGCUGUCGCGGGCCAAGGCCUCGGAGCUCCACAGCGUGCGCAAGCUCAACUGACUCGCCCACCCCUCCACCUAGAUCUCCAUCUGCCGGGAGAUGCCGAGCCUGGAAGUGAUCACGCUCAGCGUCAACAGUGUGUCCACGCUGGAGCCCGUGAGCCGCUGUGGGCAGCUGAGCGAGCUGUACGUGCGCCGGAACCGCAUCUUCAGCCUGGCCGAGCUGGCCCACCUGCAGGGCCUGCCGUGCCUGCGGGUGCUCUGGCUGGCCGAGAACCCCUGCUGUGGCCCCGACCCGAGACGCUACCGCAUGACCGUGCUGCGGGCCCUGCCACGCCUGCAGAGGCUAGACAACCAGGCCGUGACCGAGGAGGAACUGUCCCGAGCACUGACGGAGGGAGAGGAGCUCACAGCCCUGACUGUGAAGGAUCCUGUACCCGAGCCCCAGAUGGACCCUCUGAGCGGCACUGAAACAGAGACAGGCACCGAGGGGCAGCUGUGCCUGAAGCCCCCUGCUGGGCCCCCCUUUUCCUCCUCUAGCACACUGGCCUCAAGCAGCUGCAAGAAUAAGGUGAGUGGAGCUGGCCCACUGCCCACCCGGGGGCAGGAUGGCUCUUCCAGAGCCAGGCCAAGGUAUCAGGAGGGGCUCACCCAGGUUUUGCUGCAUCCUGUGGGACCACCCACAAACUGCCCACUGCCCAUCUCCUGCCAACUUGUUUUGUUUUUCUUUUCUGGGCCACCUGCUAGUGCUCGGGCUACUCGUGGCCCUGUGCUCAAAAAUCGCUCCUGGUUGGCUCAGGAGGCCAUAUGGGAUGCUGGGAAUCUAACCUGGGUUUAUCCCUGGUUGGCAGCGUGCAAGGAAAACGACCUACUAUAGCUCCAGCCCCUCCCUACCAACUUCUGAGGACCUUUGGGCAGGCUUGGGGGGUGGGCCUGGGGAGACAUGGGUGGGGCCAAGGGCCCUGUGUGCUAAGGCUGCCUGGGAUGUACUCUGUGUGCAUGGGCAAACCUGCCUGCCAGUAACCACAGCAGCUAAAGGAGCCCCACUUGGGGCCCUGCUGGGCAGGGAGGGCAGAGUCAGCAUACGUACUUGGGGUCAGCACACAUGUACACACAUACAUUCACACGUGGGGUCAGCAUACACACAUGUGCAUGCCUGUCCCCAGGCCAGCCAUGCUCAGAGCCUCCUUGUUUGCAGAACCGUGUUCUGAGUGCGGCGCUGCUACUGCUUCAGGAGUUGGACACGGAGGCCUUAGAGACACUACACCAGGCUGUGCUGAGCCGGCUGCAGACCCUGCAGGCACGUGAGAUGCAGGAAGACAUG